GUGCAGAAAACAAGACGUAGUAGCGAAAGCACUAGCAGCUUUGCCAUGCUUUCUCUUCUUCUUCUUCUUCUCCUACUUCCAUCCGGUCCAUCCUCUACUUGGGCUGCUCCAAAUUCCACUGCAGAAACAUUUUUCCAAUGUCUUUUAUCAGAUCCCAAGAUAAUUCCCACCUCCAUCUUCUCCGCCUUCUACACCCCAAACAACGUCACCUACACCCCUCUCCUCCAGUCCACCGCGCAGAACCUCCGGUACUUAACGCCUACCGUGCCCAAACCUGAGUUCAUCUUCACCCCGCUCUACGAAUACCACGUCCAAGCAGCUGUUAUUUGCGCCAAACACCUCGGCCUGAACCUCAGAGUCCGCAGCGGAGGCCACGACUAUGAGGGCCUCUCCUACGCCUCUCAAACAAUAACGCCAUUUUUUAUGCUGGAUCUAACCAAGCUUCGGUCCAUCAAUGUUGAUAUAGCCUCCCAGAGCGCAUGGGUCCAGACCGGCGCAACCAUCGGCGAAGUUUAUUACAGAAUAUCCGAGAAAAGCAACACCCACGGCUUCCCGGCUGGUCUAUACACCAGCCUGGGCGUCGGUGGCCACAUUACGGGCGGUGCGUACGGCGGCAUGAUGAGAAAGUACGGCCUCGGGGCAGACAAUGUCCUCGACGCCCGCAUAGUCGACGCAACCGGUAAGAUUCUCGAUCGAAAGGCGAUGGGCGAAGACUUGUUCUGGGCAAUCAGGGGCGGCGGCGGAGGGAGCUUCGGUGUCCUGCUUUGGUGGAAAAUAAAAUUGGUUCCAGUGCCGCCGACCGUGACUGUUUUUAACGUCGGGAAAACAUUAGAACAAGGCGCGACUAAGAUUCUCUACAAGUGGCAACAAGUUGCCGAUAAGCUGGACGAAGAUCUCUUCAUUAGAGUCCUCAUUCGGCCAACAGAGGUCGCCGGGAAGGCCGGGAGAACAGUGACCGUGACGUUUAAUUCACAGUUUCUCGGUGGCGCGGACAGGCUGCUUCAACUGAUGGGAGAGAGCUUUCCGGAAUUGGGGUUGAUCCGGAAUGAUACUUCUGAAGUGAGCUGGAUACAGUCGGUUCUUUUCAUGGCCGGUUACCCCGCGGGAACGCAGCCGGAAGUUCUACUCCAGGGCAAGUCACUUUUCAAGAACUAUUUCAAGGCGAAAUCGGACUUCGUGAGGGAGCCAAUUCCGGAAAAUGGGCUUGAAGGGCUGUGGAAUAGACUGCUGGAGGAGGACAGCCCAAUGAUGAUAUGGAAUCCCUACGGGGGGGCGAUGAGUAAAAUUCCACCGUCCCAGAUUCCGUUUCCUCACAGGAAAGGCAACCUAUUUAAAAUUAUGUACGUGUCGAACUGGCAAGAUGGGAGCGCGGCCAACGCGACAAGGCACAUAAAUUGGAUUAGGGGUUUAUAUAAUUACAUGACGCCUUUUGUUUCGAAGCUCCCAAGGGCCGCGUAUGUUAACUACAGGGACCUUGAUUUGGGGAUGAACAAGGGGCGGAACGCCAGUUUUGUUGAGGCCAGUGCUUGGGGAAAUAGUUACUUUAUUGAUAAUUUCAAGAGAUUGGCGCAAAUCAAGGCCAAAGCGGAUCCUGAUGGUUUCUUCUGGCAUGAACAGAGCAUCCCACCUCUUUCAUAAACGAUUCAUUCACAGAUGAAAUGAUAAGUGGUUAGUUGAUAAGUGGUUGUUUGUCGUCAAGAAUACAAAUUAAUAAUGUGUCGUCUACAGUAUGAUAGGAAGUGCAUCAAUUAAUAAAUUUAUUGUACUGGUGUUUCCGUUCUCUUCAUUUUAUAGAAUCCGAUUGGAUCAAAAUCCUGAGAUCAUCAUGAACCGAAACUGAAA